CAUAUAAUCAGCCAUCUUUUCAAGGAUGGUCCGCUUUACCAACAAUACAACAUCAACCAUUUAUAAGUGAUCCAAAGGAGACGAAUAAAAAACCUGGAAGACUCAGCAAUAUUGUUUGUUAUAUUUGUGAGGAAAAAGGACACAUUGCAUCUAACUAUCCAUAUAAGAAAGCAGGGUUAUCAUUUCGCAAACCUGAAUCAAAGCAGGAAAAAGAAGGUGUUGGAGACCGAACAAGUGGUUACGGGAAGAAUCCAUUUGAGAGAGUAGUAAAUUAUUGGAAUCGGGUUAUAAAGCCACCAGCGUUAGUUCGAGUUCCGGAAGAAAAGCUACAGUUAGUAAGGAGCGAACUAAUAUUAUUAAAAGGUUCAAAUUGGAUAAGCGCAAGAAAUCUUGUCUCAAUUGCUGGAAAGAUUCAGAGUUUUGCACGCGCCUUUCUUCCAGCGCAA